AUGCCAGCCUACUUGAGACCCAACACUCAACCUCUGAACAUCUUCCCACUCUCGCCUGCCAGACAUACUUACUCCACGCAAUCAAGUCUUAACCCCGUCCGCACGAACAUCUUCAGAAUGCCUUCCAUCAACGUCUCCCUCAAGGAUGGUGCCGAUGCAUCUCAGCUUGACUCCGCCAAGAAGCAAGUCACUGAGCAGGGCGGCAAGAUCACAACCGAGUUCAAGCUGAUCAAGGGCUUCACUGCCGAGUUCCCCGAAGACAAGGUCCACACUCUCUCAUCCAACGAGCACAUCAACGUCGAGAACGACGGCGAGGUCAGAACCCAGUAG